AACUGUCAAUCCUUUGAUUAAUUAUCAAACGUCAAACAGCUUGUACGAAAAGUUCGUUAUUAAAAUGUCUGCCGCGGUGAAAGUAGCUAGAGCUGCAAAUAUUAAAAAGAUAAUACCUUUAAUGAAUAGAGUACUGAUCAAAAAAGCAGAGGCAGAUACUCACACUGAGGGUGGUAUUGUAUUACCUGACAAGACCAAGGUAAAAGUGCAAAGAGGCACAGUCGUAGCCGUCGGUCCUGGAAUUAGAAACGAAAGUGGACAAAUCGUGCCAGUUAAUGUUAAUACCGGAGAUGAGGUGAUUUUGGCUGAUUAUGGUGGUACCAAAAUCGAGAUGGAUAAAGACGAGGUGUAUUAUAUCUAUAGAGAUCAUGAACUUCUGGCGAAAUUGACGGAUUGAAGUUGACGGUUCCCUUUUGCAUUUAUUCAUCGGUAAACAAUUGUCACAUUAGUCUUUACUAAUUUUGUAUAAGUUUGUUAAUAAAUUAAUAAUUAUCCAUUC